AUGCUAACAAUUCUGUUUUUCGUAUGGUUGACACUACAACGAAUCGAUAUUGUGCAACUUCUUCAUUUUCAAAAUUCGUCAACAUUUGUUAUUUAUCCUCAUUUACAAUUAUGCACUAAUGGAUCAUUUUCAUUUGAAUUUCGAACAAUAAAUAGAGAUGGUCUUUUGUUCUAUACUGAUGAUAGUAACAUUAAUGGUAAUUAUAUAUCGAUUGAAAUAAUUAAUGGAAAAUUAUUAGUUGAACAACGGUUAAUAAGUCAGCAACCAUCUCAGCUCUAUAUUGGAGAGAAUCUAAACGACAAUAAAUGGUAUAAAAUUGUUUAUAAACGAAAGAAAUCUGAAAUAGAAAUUCUAUUAUAUUCAGUUGCAUUAAGAAAUAUGGAGAGUCAAAUACUGACAAUCAAUGAAAAUUUAUUAUUUGGCAAUGAAACAACAAAUUCAGACGUUUAUCUUGGUGGUUAUCCUCCCUUACUUAAAUCUUUUAGUCAAAAAUCAUUUAUGUUGUUCGAUGGUUAUAUUCGUAAUUUAAGAUAUGGUAAUUGUGGAUGUUCAGAAAGUAUUCAACGUCCGUUCUAUUCUACCACAUCCGAUUCAGAAUAUUGCGAAAUACAUCCAACAAUUUGUGAUAAACACUGCGAAUGUUUAAGUGUAGACGAAAAACCACAUUAUCAAUGCGAUUGUAGUAAUAAAACAUGCAUGUCAACUGGUAAGUAUAGUUUAUAUUCGUUGUAUUAG